AAAAAAAAGACAUUGGUUUUAAGCCAGGAAACAAAAAAAGGGAACUGAGUGGCUGUGAAAGGGUGGGGUUUGCUCAGACUGUCCUUCCUCUCUGGACUGUAAGAAUAUGUGUCCAGGGCCAGUGUCUUCAGAAAACGAGUCCCACCUUCCAAGUCCUGGCAUCUCAAUGCAUCUGGGAAGCCACCUGUAUUAAAUCAGAACCGAGGAAAUAAGAGCAGAAGCCAAGGCUGGAGUAAAUGCUGGAUCUGAGCAGGGAGUUCAUUCACCAAGAUCCUGCAGCAAAACUAAAGAAUACAAGUGAGCUUCAGAAGGAAGAAGCAAUGGCUGCAGUGAUACUGGAAAGCAUCUUUCUGAAACGCUCCCAGCAAAAAAAGAAAACAUCACCUUUAAACUUUAAGAAGCGCCUCUUUCUUUUGACUAUGCAUAAACUUUCCUACUACGAGUAUGACUUUGAACGUGGGAGAAGAGGCAGUAAGAAGGGUUCAAUAGAUGUUGAGAAGAUUACGUGUGUUGAAACAGUAGUUCCUGAAAAAAAUCCACCUCCUGAAAGACAGAUUCCGAGAAGGGGUGAAGAGUCCAGUGAAAUGGAGCAGAUUUCAAUCAUUGAGAGGUUUCCUUACCCCUUCCAGGUUGUAUAUGAUGAAGGGCCUCUCUAUGUCUUCUCCCCAACUGAAGAACUGAGAAAGCGUUGGAUUCACCAGCUCAAAAGUGUAAUCCGGUACAACAGUGAUCUGGUGCAGAAGUAUCAUCCUUGCUUCUGGAUUGAUGGGCAGUAUCUCUGCUGCUCACAGACAGCCAAAAAUGCUAUGGGCUGCCAAAUUUUGGAGAACAGGAAUGGAAGCUUAAAACCUGGGAGUUCUCACAGGAAGACAAAAAAACCUCUUCCCCCUACACCAGAGGAGGACCAGAUCCUGAAAAAGCCACUGCCUCCUGAGCCAACAGCAACACCAGUCUCUGCAAGUGAGCUGAAAAAAGUUGUAGCCCUUUAUGAUUACAUGCCAAUGAAUGCAAAUGACCUACAGCUGCGGAAGGGUGAAGAGUAUUUCAUCCUGGAGGAGAGUAACCUACCAUGGUGGAGAGCACGAGAUAAAAAUGGGCAGGAAGGCUACAUCCCUAGUAACUAUGUUACUGAAGCAGAAGACUCCAUAGAAAUGUAUGAGUGGUAUUCCAAACAUAUGACUCGCAGUCAAGCUGAGCAACUACUAAAGCAAGAGGGUAAAGAAGGAGGUUUCAUUGUCAGAGACUCCAGCAAAGCUGGAAAAUACACUGUUUCUGUGUUUGCUAAAUCUACUGGGGACCCUCAAGGGGUGAUUCGCCAUUAUGUUGUGUGUUCUACACCUCAGAGCCAGUAUUACCUGGCUGAGAAACAUCUUUUCAGCACCAUUCCUGAGCUCAUUAACUAUCAUCAACAUAACUCUGCAGGACUCAUAUCCAGGUUGAAAUAUCCAGUGUCUCAACAAAACAAGAAUGCACCAUCUACUGCAGGCUUGGGCUAUGGAUCAUGGGAAAUCGACCCAAAGGACCUGACUUUCUUGAAGGAACUUGGGACUGGUCAAUUUGGGGUAGUGAAAUAUGGUAAAUGGAGAGGCCAGUAUGAUGUGGCCAUCAAGAUGAUCAGAGAAGGCUCCAUGUCUGAGGAUGAGUUCAUUGAAGAAGCCAAAGUCAUGAUGAAUCUUUCCCAUGAGAAGCUGGUGCAGUUGUAUGGUGUCUGCACCAAACAGCGUCCCAUCUUCAUCAUCACUGAGUACAUGGCCAACGGCUGCCUCCUGAACUACCUGAGGGAGAUGCGCCACCGUUUCCAGACUCAGCAGCUGCUGGAGAUGUGCAAGGAUGUCUGUGAGGCCAUGGAAUACCUGGAAUCAAAGCAAUUCCUUCACCGAGACCUGGCUGCUCGAAACUGUUUGGUAAACGAUCAAGGAGUUGUAAAAGUAUCUGAUUUUGGCCUGUCCAGGUAUGUCUUGGAUGAUGAAUACACCAGCUCAGUAGGCUCCAAGUUUCCCGUGCGGUGGUCUCCACCAGAGGUCCUUAUGUAUAGCAAGUUCAGCAGUAAAUCUGAUAUUUGGGCUUUUGGGGUUUUAAUGUGGGAAAUUUACUCCCUGGGGAAGAUGCCAUAUGAAAGAUUUACUAAUAGUGAGACUGCUGAACACAUUGCCCAAGGCCUACGUCUCUAUAGGCCUCAUCUGGCUUCAGAGAGAGUAUAUACCAUCAUGUACAGCUGCUGGCAUGAGAAAGCAGAUGAGCGUCCCACAUUCAAAAUUCUCCUGAGCAACAUUCUAGAUGUCAUGGAUGAAGAAUCUUGAGCUGGCCCAUCACCUUAUUAGUUUUCUACUCCUCACUUCUACAAGCCCCAAUUUCACUUUCUCAGAAGAAAUCCCAGGCUUACAGGCUUUGGAGUCUUUCUGCUUCUCCUGAAUACACGAAGGCCCCUGUAUAUCCAGGAAUGUCUCUUUUCUUUGAUUCCCUGAAAUAGUGUUUCUGAGCAAAACCAAACGAAUUUUUGUACCUAAUAUCUCCCCUCCCUCCCCUAAGAGAGUAAAUUUCCCAAUGCUAUUAAGACAGACUGAAUUUGGGAGGGAAACCUUUUUAGGGAGGGAGGGGUGUAAAUAACUUCUAAGGAUUCCUACAGGAGUAUUAGAGUUAGGUAGUGGGUCAGGAUUUGCUAAGAGUAAAACGGGAUCACUGGGCAUGGUGGUGUAUGCCUGUAAUCUCAGCACGGGGGAGGCUAAGACAAAAGGAUCACUGAGUUGGAGGCCAGCUUGGAAUACAUAGUAAAUUCCAGGCCAGCCUGAAGUAUAUAGCAAGAUCUUAUCUUAAAGUAACAAAACCCAAAAGAGUAAGUUUGUCAUUAAAAUGAGUGGGCUAUUUUGAUAAAAUAAAAUCCUGAAAAGAGUAAAAAA